UAAUGCUCCCGGAUGAUAGCCGAGUGCAACGAAGGAAGCGUGGAGCGUCACAGGCGGUAAGACGAGGACCUGAGCAGCUUGCAAUAAGAAUUUGGUACGCCAAUGCAUCGUUGACGCCUUCCCGUAUACUAGUGCUGGAGGGGAAAGAGUCAAGCUGGCAGUUGCGUCCGGUUAAGUGUGGGUUGCAGAGCCGCCUAUAA